UCUACCGGGGAGAGAGCAGGCAGGGCCCAAGACACCGGCGACUUUUUCCCCUCUCCGGUUUUAUUUUCUUCGUUUUUAUUGUUAUAAACUACUGAAAAGUUGCGCGGUCGCCUUUUAACACUCUUUAAGGAUUUAUUUGGCCGUUUUGUUUGGGGAAAGAAGUGAGUUAAAGCUGGAUUUGGCCAAGUUUUCCCUCUUUGGUUGAGGUGUGACUCACUGUGAUUUGGGAUAGGUCGCAGUUUGGACGGUGUUUUUUCCUGAACGCCGCAUUUUGUCGAGGAAAAGAGGAAAAGCGGUUUAUAGUCGGAGAAAAGAGGCGAGUUCUGUUGUUCUGGGCUCCUUUGGCUCGGAUGUGAAGAAGUGUGCGGACGAACCGGAGGGGGAAAAAACUUCCACCCAACUUUUUUCUCUCUCUCUCUCUCUCUCUCUCCCUCUCUCUCUCUCUCUCUGAGCGAGUGUCUCUCUCUCUCAGUGUCUCUCUCUCUCUCUCUCUCUCUCUCUCUCUCUCUCUCUCUCUCUCCCCCCGCCAUGUGGAGAGAGCUCAGGCCGACAGGUGCUGCUGGUUGAGGAUCUUUAAUCUGUCUUUCCUACUUUUUUUUGGUGCCGCUGUUGUUGUUAGCGUUUCCCUCAGGGUUCUGUUGAGUUCGGUUCGGUUCUGGAGUCGCUGCGCUGUAAACCGUGGUGCUGAAGGCUGAUAGGUUUGCUGGUCGUCAUGGCGUCCUCAGUGAAGGUGGCGGUGCGCGUGAGGCCUUUUAACAACCGCGAGACGAACCGUGGAGCGAAGUGUGUGAUUCAGAUGCAGGACAAGUCCACCUGCAUCAUCAAUCCUAAACAGCCCAAAGAUGCACCAAAAAGCUUCACCUUCGAUUAUUCCUAUUGGUCACACAGCACGGACGAGGGCCCGGCCUUCGCGUCUCAGAGGCAGGUGUAUCUGGACAUCGGAGAGGAAAUGCUGCUGCACGCCUUCGAGGGAUACAACGUGUGCAUCUUCGCUUACGGCCAGACCGGAGGCGGGAAGUCCUACACCAUGAUGGGCAAACAGGAGCCCGACCAGCAGGGCAUCAUACCACAGCUCUGUGAGGACCUGUUCAAGCGGACGGCGGAGAACACUGACCCUGACCUCUCCUUCUCUGUGGAGGUGUCCUAUAUGGAGAUUUACUGUGAGCGUGUGAGGGACUUGCUGAACCCGAAGAGCAGGGGGCCGCUGCGGGUCCGAGAGCAUCCCAUCAUGGGUCCGUACGUAGAGGACCUCUCCAAGAUGGCCGUCACCAACUACAGCGACAUCGCUGACCUGAUGGACUGUGGCAACAAGGCCAGAACGGUAGCUGCCACCAAUAUGAAUGAGACGAGCAGUCGUUCUCACGCCGUUUUCACCAUCCUGUUCACGCAGCGCCGCCACGACCAGAUGACCAACCUGGACACUGAGAAGGUGAGCAAGGUCAGCCUGGUGGAUCUGGCCGGAAGCGAAAGAGCAGAUUCCUCCGGAGCGAAGGGCAUGAGGUUAAAGGAAGGUGCGAAUAUAAACAAGUCUCUAACUACACUGGGCAAAGUCAUCUCGGCACUGGCAGACAUGCAAAGCACCAAAAAGAGGAAGUCUGACUUCAUCCCCUACAGAGACUCAGUCCUGACCUGGCUGCUGAGAGAGAACCUGGGGGGUAACUCUCGCACGGCCAUGAUCGCCGCCCUGAGUCCAGCAGACAUCAACUAUGAGGAAACCCUCAGUACACUCAGGUAUGCGGAUCGUGCGAAACAGAUCCGCUGUAAUGCGGUCAUUAACGAAGAUCCGAACGCCCGGCUGGUCCGAGAGCUUAAAGAGGAAGUGCACCGCCUCAAGGAGCUGCUAUUGGCCCAGGGCCUCAGUGACCUCAUCACUGCUACAGGACCUGCUGUGGCUGGGGGUCCGGGCGUGUCCCAGCAGGACCCUCUACCUGGAGUCCAGACUGCCAAUGAUGCACCAGCGGAGGACAUGAGUCCCAUCAGUAAAGAGGAGGCCGUGGAGCGACUGAAGGAAACUGAGAAGAUCAUUGCGGAGCUGAAUGAGACGUGGGAAGACAAACUGCAGAAAACAGAAGCCAUCCGGCACGAGAGAGAGGCUCUGCUGGCGGAGAUGGGUGUGGCUAUCAGAGAGGACGGUGGAACCGUUGGCGUUUUCUCUCCGAAGAAAACGCCUCACCUGGUGAACUUGAACGAGGAUCCUCUGAUGUCGGAGUGUCUGCUGUACUACAUUAAAGACGGAGUGACCAGGGUUGGACAGGAGGACGUGGACAUCCGCCUCAGCGGUCAGUUCAUAAAGGAGUUGCACUGUGUCUUCUGCAGUGACGUUGAAGACAAUGGAGAAGUGGUUGUAACUCUGGAGCCUCUGGUUGGAGCGGAGACGUAUGUAAAUGGGAAGCAGAUCACGGAGGGCGUGGUCCUGAAGCAGGGUGACCGUAUUGUCAUGGGGAAGAACCACGUGUUCCGCUUUAACCACCCUGAGCAGGCUCGGCUGGAGAGAGAGCGCAGCGCCACUCAGGAACAGCAGGGGGAGCCAGUGGACUGGAGCUACGCACAGAAAGAGCUGUUGGAGAAACAGGGCAUAGACAUCAAACAGGAGAUGGAGAGGAGGCUGCAGGAUUUAGAGAACCAGUACAGAAAGGAGAAGGAGGAGGCUGACCAGCUCCUGGAACAGCAGAGACUGUAUGCCGACUCUGAUAGUGGUGAUGAUUCGGAUAAGCGUUCCUGUGAGGAGAGCUGGAGGCUCAUCUCCUCACUCAGAGAGAAGCUACCAGCCAACAAGGUGCAGUCUAUAGUGAAGAAGUGUGGUCUGCCGAGCAGCGGGAAGCGGCGGGAGCCUCUGCGCGUGUAUCAGAUCCCUCAGCGGCGCCGUUUACCCGCCAGCGCCGAGUCCAAAACUCAUCCCAGCCUGGAUGAGCUCCGCACUCAGGCUGUAAAAGAGAUCUGCUAUGAGGUGGCUCUGGGAGAUUUCCGGCACUCGAGGCAGGAGAUAGAGGCUUUGGCCAUCGUGCGGAUGAAGGAACUUUGCCGGACGUACAGUCAGAGGGACCCUCAGGAGAGAGAGAGCUGGAGGACGGUGGCCAGAGAAGUGUGCAACACUGUGGGCAUCGGAGAGGAGGAGGGAGAGAGGGGAGGAGGAGGAGGAGGCAUGAUGGAGGAGAGAGCAGCUUCGGCCACUGGAGCUGGGAGAGAGCAAAGCGUGCAGAGAGGAAAGACGGAUAUGGGCGAGUUAAAGGCUCAUAUAGACAAACUGACCGAUAUCCUGCAGGAGGUGAAGCUCCAGAACAACAUGAAGGACGAAGAGAUCAGAGCACUCAGGGACCGCAUGGUGAAGAUGGAGAGCAUUUUUCCAGUAGAACUGCAGGGAGAUGAAGACUCCAUGAUCGACGAGGGUGGAGCGAGAGGUGAAGGUGGGUCGGGGCAGGGGGGGCGUCACGGAGACGAGGAUUCCGGCUAUCGUCGGGGUCGUCACAGGUGGCAGUAUCCCGAGAAAUACCACGACCCCAAGCGUCGCCGGGGCAUGAACUCCCAGUCCAACAGCAUGGGUCCCCAGACCUACAGCCCUCCGCAAGGACGGCCCCAAAACAGCCCGAUCGGCACCGGAUCGGGGCGCUUCCCGAACUCUUCGGUCCAGCAAAACCCUCGCCAACCGAACGGGCCAUUCUUACCCGGCACUGGCCGCUUUCUGCCGCCUCUGGAGAGGAAGCUGCAGUUCCCGUUUAAAGGAAACCCCCAACACAGGGGCUUCCACUGGGGUCCAUUGGCCAGCCAGAACCAAAGCCAGGGAGGUGCGGACGCCCAGGACGAAACGGAUUCCACUACCUCUGUGCACACUUUCCAGUCCCCGCCUUCUCCGGAUAAGAACCAGUGGCCCAACAACCACCACCAGCAAAGGCGCAACCAUGGAAAUCGAGGAAACCGCGGAAACCGACAGAGGUCAAGGAACCAUGGCCGAAACCCAUUCGACGGGUUUGUGCAGCGCGAGCACUUCGCGAGCUCGGACCAUAAAGAUGGCCAAGCACAGCAGAGCCACGCGAGGGCGCGGUACACUUGGCACAAUCCAAACUCAAGCUCAGGUCAAACAGAGGAUGGAUCGCACCAGAACCAGCAGGCCAGACAAGCCUUCAACAAACACCAGAACCAGUCAGGCUACUAUCUGCCCCCUCACCGUCAGACUAGCCCUCCUGAGAGGAACCAAAAUAAUUCUGGAGAAGGCGCCAACGCCCAGCAAACCCAAGAACACACCACACCUAUGGAGACCUGAGUGGCUGGUUUGGCGAGGGACGUAGAGCGUAGGGAUCAGUGAUGUCAUGGUGGACUGGGUGAACGGAUAGCAUUGAGUUACAUGAAACGUCUAGUGACGUCAUGAUGGACAUGAACAGCUGGAGCCAAACAAACACCAGCACACAAACGGAAACACGUUAAUUUUGUGUUUGUUGGGAGAAUCUAGAACAUUCUCACUCUAGUUCCUUUGGCUCAUUGGUUCUUUUUCUUGACAUUCAUAAGACAACUGCAAAUAUUAGAACGUUGGUGUUUGUUGAGGAAUGUUGUUCGGUGGCUUUUACGAAGUGUCCCUGAUGAACGGUUCCUUAGCGUGGAGGUAAACGGAACGUUCUGCGUUCUGUCGUCAUAGGACAAAUUAAUUUUAGCAUUGAGGUAGUUUGCAUGUUCCAUGAUGUCAUAGGGCUGGGCAAUAUGACGGUGUAUAUCGUUAUCAUGAUAAAUUGUCACGAUACAGUGAUGCUUUUCUGACAACGUACCUAGUCAGUACUUGCAGAAACGCCGACCAGCUGCCCGUUUCAUUAUAAAGAGAUUCAAAAUUAGUCUGUUUAACUGGAUUUAGUGCUAAAUAUUGAAUAAAAAUUACAGAAAAAUUUCUGUAGUACUUUUUAAAAAUGUAGCACAACUGAUUCGUCCGUUUCAACUGAUCAGAUGUCUAAAGUAAUAAAUAUCGUGAUAAUCGGUGCAUCGUGAAUCGUUUCAUAAAAGUAUCGCAAUAUUAUAUUUUUGUCAUAUCGCCCACCUCUAUGGUGUCAUGAUGGACAAGGUGAGCGGAUUUUAUUGAGGCCCAUGUUGGCGAAGUGGACAGGACGAAUGAAAUGUUUUGUGAUGUCACAGGGCUGGGCGAUAUGACCAUAUAUAUCGUUAUCGUGAUGCACGCAGUACAAUGUUCUUUUCUAAUCAUAUCAUGUACGUCGUCAGUACUAGAAACACUGACCAACUGCGUGUUUCGUUAUGAAGAGAGCAAAAUUAGUCCGUUUAACUGGAUUCAGUGCAACACAGUGUAACAAAUACUGAAUAAAAACCGUUGUAUUUAGUUUUUUUUUGAUAGUACGAUCUAAAAGGCUGAUCAGAUGUCUGAAAAAAAUAAAUAUUAUAAAAUAUUGCAUUCGUGUAUCACGAAAAUGUCCAAGUUUCAUCACAAUAUUAUGUUUUUUGCCGUAUCGACCCACCUCUCUGGUGCCAUAAUGGACAAGUGGAGUGGAUUUUGGACGGGCAGGACAAAUUAAUUUUAGCAGCGGGUUAAAUGAAAUGUUCCAUGAUGUCAUGGGGCUGGGCAAUAUGACUGUAUACGUCAUUAUCGUGAUAAAUUGCCACAGUACAAUAUUCUUUUCCCAACAUAUCUUGAAUGUCGUGUGUGGAAACACCGGCCAACUGCCGGUUUCAUUAUAGAGCAAAAUUAGUCCAGUUUAACUGCAUCUAGUGCUAAAUAUUGAAUAAAAAUCAUUGUGUUCAGUUUAUUUUUCAUUUUUAUUUAUUUUUGUAUUAAAUGUAGCCCUGCUGGCUCUCAUUUCUCUCUUCCCACUGAUCAGAUUUCAGAAAAAAUCCACAUCGUGACGCAUCCUGUAUUGUGGAAACGUCUGGAAGUAUCGCGAUAUUUUAUUUUUGCCGUAUCGCCCGUCUCUAUGAUGUCAUGAUGGACAAAAUGAGUGGUAAUGGACAGCACGAAUUCAUUUUAGGGUUAAAUGAGGUGUUUUGUGAUGUCACGACGCCGUCUUAUCGGCAGAGGAGUGGCUUGUCUGCAGAUUUUCACUCCCGUUUAAGGCCAAGACCACCUGAUUAAGCUGCUGUAGUCAGAUCAGAUCAGGUCAGCUCCUCGUUUGGAGUGAAAACCUGCAGCCAUGCUGGCCCUGCGUGGACAAGCCUGGACAGCCCUGUCAUCGCGGACUGGAUUAAUGGACGGCUCCUUCCGCAGGAUUAAAUGAAAUGUUCCCUUUUUAGUUGUUGUUGUUAUUAUUUUGUGCAGUGAGUUAAAUUAGGAGAGUUGGGAGGUUCUCCUGUCUUGUUUAGGGUGGUCAGAAAAAGCCAGUGGGAGCCACGUUCUCCAUCCUAUGCAUUCGAGGAUCUUUCCCAAAAAAAUAUGCUGGAAGCUGUUAUUGAUCAUUUUAACGUGCCUCGUAUUUCUCUGGGGGAGAGGAACGCGCAUGCGCACACGGCGCGUGUGCUUUUCACACCAUUGCACUCUCUUAGCAGCGCCAAGGGUGCCAAGGACGCAGUGGGCUUGGAGCUGUUUGCGCUCUGCGUCUCUCCAGAGGACUAUUUACACAGAGACUCUUAGUGCAGUGACUCGGCCUGUGGGUUUCCUUUACGAGCCUCUGGCUGUUUUAGAAAGUCGCGCCUCGGCCUGCAGACCUGGGAGUUUUGCUGCGAUCCCAGGCUGCACGCUCUCCGGUGCCUUAGCGCGACCUACACAACUACAAUCCUAAUGAACUUUUUAUACGCUUUCUAAUCCGUAUGUCCUGUUGUAUAUUGAUUGUGUACAUAUGCUAAGGCGACUGUGUAUAAUUGGGGGCCUUUGUGCGUGGGAGAAGGACUGGGAUCGGAGGUGGGAUGCAGACCUGUGUGCCUUGUUAGUGCAGUCGUUUUGGAACAUUUGUGGGUUUUCUUUGAUUUCUGUAUAUUUGGAAACGUCUGCUGCGUAUCGUCGAGAAAUCUACCUUGUGCCUGCUGAGAAAAAACAAAAAGAAACACCAAAGAGUUUUGAGGUCAAAAGCCCCUCGUCUCCCCAGGGGGGGUUGCCUGUUCCGCGAGGAUGCGAGACCCAAAGGAGGAUGUUUUUUCUUCUUCCUCGUCUUUGCUUGGUUCCUUUUCUGUCCAUGCAGCUCGGCUCUAAUACUCUCGUUCUUUUUGCAUGGAGUUUAUACUGUAUGUGUCCGCAGAGCAGGUGGAUCUAAUGUUUGAUUAGGUUCAUAACUGAAGCCUGACGGACAGACCCCAUUAUUUACAAUGUUUAUUUUAAAGCUAUUUUAAAGUUUUUGUCACCUGUGGUUGUUUCGGCCACAUGCACAAGUCCUCUCAUGCUAAUAAUAUGCAAAUGAAAAAACGUGGCUAUUAAAAGACCAUUACCUCAAA